GUUCCCGUCGCGCGCUCGUCCAGCAGCACGAGCGCACCGCCGAUUCGACCGCCCGCGCUACUUUUCGCACUUUAGUAAUUUAAUAAAACUAAUUAAAAUUUUUAUUAAAAAAAAAUAAAACUUCUUGUCCUUUGCCCGCGCUAUGUGGUUUGGACGGACCGGCUGUGACAGCGCGUGCCCGCCGUAGGAGCGACUCCGGUACUGCGCUUUUGGAUGAGCGCGGCCGAGCCGGAGCGGCGCGCGCGCUUCACGAGGAUGCUGCGUGGAAAUGCCUGCGGGAAGGGAGGAUGAGAUGUGCGGGAAGGCGCUCGAGCUGCUCUCUGAGCUCUGCUCACGUGGAGAGGUGCAAAGCGACAAGUGCGCCGACUUCAUCUACUCUUUCCGCGAUCUGGGCAGACCGGACUACUCAGACUCCGAUGUGUCUGUGAGCCUGCUGUCAUUGAUGGUGACCUCAUGUGGCCUGGCCCUGUUUGGUGUCUCGCUCUUCGUGUCAUGGAAGUUGUUUUGGGUACCGUGGCGCGACCGCUUCUGGCCGUCCAGCCUGAAGGAGCAGCAUGGCGAGCAGCAGCCUGUGCUGACCGAGGAGGAACUUUUGGAGCGCGAGUACAGCGCAGACUUCUACAAGGACAACUCAGUGGCCACGUUGGUGCCCGAGUCGGCCAUGAAGAUCAGCCACACGUCACCGGACAUCCAACUGGAGGCACAGACCAAAGCCAAGGAGCACAACCAUGUGCACAUUGCACGUGUGCAGAGGCAGAUCACCGACCCCACUUCAUCCGUCCGACAUAACUCCAUCCGGAGACAAAUGAACCUUUCAAGCCCCGAGUUCAGCCCGGGUCAGUUCCAGAGACAGGAAUCAUUAUCCGGGCCAGGUCUGGGCCGGAUUAAGCCAGAACUCUACAAGCAACGCUCGGUGGACACGGAUGACAGUAGGAGACCGGACAGCUGUGGUCGUCUACACUUCGUCCUUAAGUAUGACUGUGACCUGGAACAACUGAUCGUAAAGAUCCACAAAGCUGAGGAUCUUCCAGCCAAGGACUUCUCGGGAACGUCGGAUCCGUACGUGAAGAUCUAUCUACUGCCUGAGCGCAAGACCAAACAUCAGACCAAAGUGCACCGCAAGACCCUGAACCCUGUGUUCGACGAGGUCUUCUUAUUUCCCGUUGCGUACGGCGAGCUACAUUCACGCAAGCUGCACUUCAGCGUCUAUGAUUUUGACCGCUUCUCACGGCACGAUCUCAUUGGCCAAGUAGUGGUGGACAACUUCCUGGAUUUGCCAGACUUCCCCGGAGAGACAAAACUCUGCAGAGAAAUUAUCUACGUCACUGCGGAUAACGUGGACUUGGGAGACCUGAUGUUUUCACUCUGCUAUCUCCCGACCGCGGGCCGACUGACCAUUACGAUCAUCAAAGCCAGAAACCUGAAAGCCAUGGACAUCACAGGAGCCUCAGACCCUUACGUGAAAGUCUCCCUCAUGUGUGAUGGACGGAGAUUAAAAAAGCGGAAAACGUCGACCAAGAGGAACACCCUGAACCCCAUUUACAACGAAGCCAUAGUUUUCGAUGUCCCUCCCGAGAACAUAGACCAAAUAAGUCUGUUAAUAGCAGUGAUGGACUACGAUCGUGUCGGCCAUAACGAGAUCAUCGGUGUGUGUCGAGUGGGGAACAUGGCUGAGGGCCUGGGCCGGGAUCACUGGAACGAGAUGCUGACGUACCCACGGAAACCCAUCGCCCACUGGCACUCGCUCGUAGAGUGGAGCAGCGAGGGAAAUCCAGGAGGAAGCCAGGGCUCCUGCAACUCCCUCAAAACACCACCGUCACCCUGACGCAUCCAUCUGAUCACGGCGCACAGCUCUGUGGAGGAAAUGCUGGGGGAGUAAAGAGAGUUAGACAUUUCAGCUAAAGGUCACUGAAAACCUGUGCACAUGCUUGAUAAAGUGGUGCGCGCGAAAAAAAAAAUGACACUGGACUUUUUUUCUCAUGGGGAAAUGGUGUGUGUCUGUUCUACUGCAUGCCAAAGUGACCGUGUCUGUAGGCUUCUGUUUAAACAAAAAAAAAAUCCUUACAUGGUUACAGUUUGGUUCAAACUCUAUUUGAGAGGUAAGUAUUUUUGACAUGUUUUCUGUAUCUGUAUAACACCUUGUAAUAACUUCUUGAUGUUUUUCGAGUGCAGUGCAUGGCAUCUAUUUUGUGUAAUUUUGUUCUUAUGGUAUCAGAUUUUACAGUGUUAAAUCAUUCUGUAUGAAAAUACAUAAGAAGUUCAAUAGCAGAGUUGCUGGUUGUGAUUACUGCGUAUCGAAACACACUCUUCAGACAAAACUCGCCUGGAUGAUAUUGGAGUAUUCUUUGCGUUAUCAGUAAUAAAUUGUCUCGCCAGAUGAGCCACAAAUCCAUCUACACAAGCAACACUAUGGGUAUUUUUGGUUAAUUUGAAUUUUGGUGUCACACUAAGCCUUU